AUGGCUGUCCGUGACGUCGUCGCCGACGAGUCUCUCUUGCCUGUGCUCAAUACGAGCGCCGAGACGCGGGAACAGUGUCAGAAACUCCUUGCGUUGCUCGACCCGACCGUUGACUCGACUUCGAGGGAUCCCAAGGAGAUUGCUCUAGCCGCCUCCCGUGAGCAGAAACAGUUGUAUGCGCUUCUAGCCCGACUACGCGGUCAGAAUCGGGAUGCUGUCUUCCACGUCCGCGAGACGAAGCAGUCGACAGCAGAAGCCCGCCAGGAAAUCGAUCGGUUACACCUCCAGCUACAGAAUCUCUAUUACGAACAGCGCCAUCUCACUGGCGAAAUUGCCGCCUGCGAUUCCUACGAUCACAAAUACCGCUCCCUGCCCUUAAUCCCGGUGGAAGAGUUCUUCGAGCUCUUCCCGGAACACCGGGAGUCCGACAGCCAUGAACUCAUGAUCGCCCGGAUCAACCAUGAGCACGCGGAGCGCGAGAAAUUGGAACAGGCGCGCCAGGAACUGCUCAAGCGCAAGCAGGCGUUGAUCGCCGAGAAUAACAAGCGAAAGGAGGAUCUAGCGAGCCUGGAUCAGGAUCUGGAGCGGUUUAUCGAUCAUGCCCUGGUCAUGACCAGCAAGCAUGAAGACUCGGGGUCGGAGAAGACUGCCGUCGACGCCACCAUGACCCCUUCCACGCCCGCCAAAGCUGCCCCGUCGCCGGAGAAGCCAGAGGCCGCCCGAACGCGCUUCAAGGUCAUCGCCGCCUUCUGGGCCGUCAUUAUCUUCCUGGGGUUUCCGAUCUGGUGGAAAACCACGUCGAUCUACCGGGCGAGUCUGCCGAUCGACGAUAUGAGCGAUUGGGCUGAUGGAAAGAUCUGUCGUCCUGUGUUUCCCCUGGAAAUCCGAUUUGAAACUCCGUCGCUGCCAGAUGCAGAGGCCCAGCAUCUCCUCCGAACAACGCAGCACACCCUGGACGAUCUCAACGAGUUCUCUGCGCAUCAUCUCCGGCUAAAACUAUCGGACGACCCGUCGGUGGAGGAUGGACUUUCUCCCGAUGAGAAGGCAGAUACCGCGUUGACGGUGCGCCUGCUGCCUCGAGAGGACCUGACGGCUCCCCGGGCGGAGCUGCAAUUGGAUGCGGCCCAGCUGGAUGUGCUCUACUCCCCCAGCCAAGUCCCGCCUCCCUCGUCUUCCAACCCUCCGCUGUCGGCGUUCAUCGCGGCGGAGCUGCAGCGUCUUUUCCUGGAGGAGAAGGCGACCAUCGCGCACGUCCUGUCCGAUAGUGCCGUGGCCGCCCACACCAACACCAACACACCGUCGUCGUCCAACAAUCAGCAGCCAUCCGCGAUCUUGAACUCGAUCUCGCCGCAACUCGCGGAGAGCAUCGCGCGGCGGCUCCGACGAUCCAUGAAGUAUGCCGACACUUACCACCUCGCCUUCUCGCUGUUUACUCCCGGCGCCGAGCCGUCCUCUUGGGACAUCCAAGCCGCCGUGCAGGAGUACAUCUCCCCCGUCCUGCAGUCGUUCGCCCCGAUCAGCAAUUUCACCGUCGACACGCAAGUGCAGCUCUACGCGACAUUCUCCCCCAUGGCGCCCCGUCCCGAAUACGACGAAUCCCAGUCCGCAUGGACGCUCAAAAAGGACGACCUAAGCGCGUUCAUCAACGCCGCCGAAUGGCCCCUAAGCCCCAGCAUCGGCAGCGGCCCCACGAUCAACUUCAUCCUCUACGUCCCCGCCCCAUCCCAGUCCCCCCUCCUCGUCAAAGAAAGCAGCGCAACCAGCUGGAUCAUCCCGCAAUGGGGCGGCGUCUUCCUCCUCAACCCACCCCUCGACGCAGCCUCCCCCUCCCCCACCAACCCCCCACACCUAUCCCAGGAAUCGCUCCAGCCCGCGUUCCUAACCUUCUCACACCAACUUCUCACCCUCCUCGGCGCGCCCACAACCCCAACCUCCCUCCCCCUCCGCCUCCAAACCCUCAUCCGCGUCCGCGCCGCCAUGCUCCUCCUCUCUGCCUCAUCCACAAUGGGCUCCCUCGCCCGUCUGACCGAAUCCCUCCCGUCGAUCCCCAUCCCCGCCAACGUCGCCAAGUCAGUCUCCACGACGCUGUCGCAUCUCUCCCUGACGUGCACCCAUCUCCGCCACGGCAGAUUCCACGCCGCGCUGGCGAGCGCCCGCGUCGCUGAGGCGGAAGCCGAACGCAGCUUCUUUGAGAAGAGCAUGGUCGGUCAGGUUUACUUUCCUGAUGAGCAUAAGGUCGCUGUCUACCUGCCUCUGCUGGGUCCUGUUGGUGUGCCUCUGCUCGUGGGGCUGCUGAAGGAGGUGAAGCGGUUUGUGGCGAGUCGGAAGGCUAAAAAGGCAUAG